AUGCCUAGCCUGGUGCUAUCAGGGAUAAUGGAAAGAAACAGGGGCUUGGAAGAUGUCGGAUCAGGGGGGUUCGGAAAGGAUGGGGUGCUGGAGGAUGACCGAGCACUGCAAAUUGCCCUGGACCAGCUCUGCCUACUGGGCUUAGGAGAACCAGGCGAGGAAUGCAACAACAAUAGCCCCAAAACAGAGAACAAGUUCUGUGCUGUGUAUGAGGGGUCAGAACUGAGACUCCGAAGCUCCAAUACAACAGAGUGUGUCCCUGUACCCAGCUCUGAGCACGUGGCUGAGAUAGUGGGCAGACAAGGAUGCAAGAUUAAAGCCCUAAGAGCUAAGACAAACACGUACAUCAAGACCCCUGUUCGAGGUGAAGAUCCAGUUUUCAUGGUAACAGGAAGGAGAGAGGAUGUUGCCAUGGCAAGGAGGGAAAUCAUCUCAGCUGCUGAACACUUUUCUAUGAUUCGAGCAUCUCGCAAUAAAAGUGGGACCACUUUUAGCAACAGUGCUCCAAAUCUCCCAGGACAGGUAACUAUAAGAGUGCGUGUUCCAUACAGAGUUGUGGGACUUGUGGUUGGGCCUAAAGGUGCUACUAUAAAGCGCAUCCAGCAACAGACUAGCACCUACAUUAUCACUCCAAGCCGAGAUCGGGACCCUGUCUUUGAAAUCAGUGGUACUCCUUCAAAUGUGGAGCGGGCCCGGGAAGAGAUCGAGGCUCACAUUGCCAUUCGGACAGGCAAAAUUUUGGACAAUACCAAUGAGAAUGACUUGAUCUGUAGCAGUCCUGAUUCUGGUGGAGAAAAUCGUUAUCCUGAUAUAUGGAGAGUACAGACUUUGUCCCCCAACUGUAAGCCCCUCUCCACGUUUCGCCAGAAUAGUCUGGGAUGUGUAGGUAAUGUUACUGCAGACUCCUUUUAUGGUACUCCACGACUAAGUGAGCAAAAUGAGUUAAACUACAGCUACCUUUUUACCAACUUUGGAAUGAAUAAGCAUGAUCUAUACUUUGGAGUACAAGACCCAGUAAAUCCCAUAUGGACCAACCAUGAGGGCAAUGGAGUUCCAGUUUCAGGAGGGUUUUCUAGCCAACAGAGGUCCAACAGCACUGGUGGAGUGCCAUCAAUUCCCCGUACUUCCCCCACUUCACAAGAAUCAAACACCAUAGGACAUUCACUAGCUCGGCGAGCCCACAGCGAGCCACUUCAGAGCUUCUCGAAGUUGGGGAGCACCUUACCUGGUGGGUCUCCUCGCAUUGUACCUGUGUCCAGCAAUCGAGAGUGUACAGUGUGCUUUGAGAGUGAGGUUACAGCUGCCUUGGUGCCCUGUGGACACAAUCUUUUCUGCAUGGAGUGUGCUGUACGUAUCUGUGAGCAGAAUGACCCUGAAUGUCCAGCAUGUCAUGUCAGUGUCACACAAGCCAUCCGAAUAUUUUCAUAA